GUGGCGCCGCACUCCGCGGCACCGGAGGCAGGAAGGGAGAGGAGAGCGGGCGGAGGCGAGGCGCGUGCUCCGGAGGACGCCGCACCCGCCUGGAGGCCCUGGACGCUGCUCCCCAAGCUCCACCGCACCAUGGCCCCGAAGCUGCUGCUCUUCCUCUGCCUGUUCUCGGGCUUGCACGCGCGGUCCAGAAAGGUGGAAGAGGAUGAAUAUGAGGAUUCAUCAUCAAACCAAAAGUGGGUCUUGGCUCCAAAAUCCCAGGACACUGAUGUGACUCUUAUUCUCAACAAAUUGCUGAGAGAAUAUGAUAAAAAGCUGAGGCCGGAUAUUGGAAUAAAACCGACUGUAAUUGACGUUGACAUCUAUGUUAACAGCAUUGGUCCUGUUUCAUCAAUAAACAUGGAAUACCAAAUUGACAUAUUUUUUGCUCAGACCUGGACAGACAGUCGCCUUCGAUUCAACAGUACUAUGAAAAUACUCACUCUGAACAGCAACAUGGUGGGAUUAAUAUGGAUUCCAGACACAAUCUUCCGUAAUUCUAAAACUGCAGAGGCUCACUGGAUCACCACCCCCAAUCAGCUACUCAGAAUUUGGAAUGAUGGGAAAAUCCUUUAUACUUUAAGGCUCACUAUAAAUGCAGAAUGCCAGCUGCAGCUGCACAACUUCCCCAUGGAUGAGCACUCCUGCCCUCUGAUUUUCUCCAGCUAUGGCUACCCCAAAGAAGAGAUGAUUUACAGAUGGAGAAAAAAUUCAGUUGAGGCAGCUGAUCAGAAAUCCUGGAGGCUUUAUCAGUUUGACUUUAUGGGACUCAGAAACACGACAGAAAUUGUAACAACAUCUGCAGGUGAUUAUGUUGUCAUGACCAUAUAUUUUGAAUUGAGUAGAAGAAUGGGAUACUUCACUAUUCAAACAUACAUUCCCUGUAUACUGACUGUGGUUUUAUCCUGGGUGUCAUUUUGGAUCAAAAAAGAUGCUACACCAGCAAGAACAGCAUUAGGCAUCACCACAGUGCUGACCAUGACCACGCUCAGCACCAUUGCCAGGAAUUCCUUGCCCCGUGUGUCCUAUGUGACUGCCAUGGAUCUCUUCGUGACCGUUUGCUUCUUAUUUGUCUUUGCUGCUCUGAUGGAGUACGCCACCCUCAACUACUAUUCAAGUUGUAGAAAACCAACUACCACUAAGAAGAAAACAUCGUUAUUACAUCCAGAUUCCUCAAGAUGGAUUCAUGAGAGAAUAAGCCUACAAGCCCCCUCCGUAUGUAUAGCAUUGAAGAACUAUUCUCUCCUCGACAUGAGGCCACCACCAUCUGCAAUGAUCACUUUAAACAAUUCUGUGUACUGGCAGGAAUUUGAAGAUACCUGUGUCUAUGAGUGUCUGGAUGGCAAAGACUGUCAGAGCUUCUUCUGCUGCUAUGAAGAAUGCAAAUCAGGAUCUUGGAGAAAAGGGCGUAUUCACAUAGACAUCUUGGAGCUGGACUCAUAUUCCCGGGUCUUUUUCCCUACAUCGUUCCUGCUCUUCAACUUGGUCUAUUGGGUUGGAUACCUGUAUCUCUAAAUGUUGCUAUCGUGAUGAGUGAAGAGCACUAGGUUUCCCUCUUUACCUUUCACCCUCCCCAGACCAGUAGUGACCAACUGCAGUAGGAAGGAAGGACACUGCUCAAUUUAUCUGAAGUUAUACAUUACCUUUGAGCAGUACAGGAGUAUGUGGCAAAUAUUUCUAUUAUGUAUUUCACACUCACACACAUGUGUGCACAUACACAUUAAUUGAGUCUUAAAGUGAUAUUCUUGCUAAUCCCUUAUUAAAUCUGUAGCUUGGUGAUGUUUAUGAAUGGUUUUUGGAUAUUGAAAGCAGUUGCCAAUUGUUGCCAAGAAAUCUGUAAAACAUGCAAGCAAAUAGCCAAGAAGAUCUCUCAGGCCAAGACCCCUUCUAUAACUUUCCUUUGCAACCCUUGGAUGUACCAGUGCCCACAUUCGUGGAGCCACUGCUUGCUGGUACACACUCAUGCUGACCUCAGCCCCACGUUCUUGGGCAGUCUGAGUUCAAAUGUGAACUGCAGUGAGUUUUGACCCAGUUUCCUCUCCCUGUGUCCUCUUUUACGCAGGCACCAUCAUUGUUACUUAGCAUUCCUUUAUCAAAUAAUUUCACCCUAGGCUUGGGAAGGGUGUAUAUGCAUCCACAAGUUUCUAGUUGAGAAAAAAAUAGGAUUUUAAAAAUUCUCAUGUUGCUGAAUUCAAUGAUGUUUAUUGCCUCUGAACAUCAGUUACCACUUUAUUCCAAACUACUGAGAGUCAGCAGUAUUUUUAACUUUGGGUUCUGGGACUAGUUCAGCUGGAGUUCAACAUUUUACCUUAGUUGUGUUUUACUAGACCAAAACACUACCCCAGAGUAUGCGUCUUGCUUAUGUUAUGCUAUUACAGGGUCAGUGAUUAUCUUCAUCUUGCAAAGACAGAUAUAUAGCAUUCACAAGAUUUUGUCUUGAAAAUGCUUUCCAGAGUGUGAAAGAAAUGUAGAUAGAAUUUAAAACUUGCUUAGGGAAUAUUAACUUUCAAGUCAAAUCAACCUUAGAUGCAAAAACAAGGGCAAUGGCUAUCAUCAAUGAUAUAUUUUGAUGAACAAAAAUUAUUUUAUACUUUGAAAUAUGAAUACAUAGCAAAAUCCCAAAGAAAAGAAUCCCCUGAAAUUAUUACUCUUUUGAUAUUUUUAUAACACAAAACUAACUUGCUUCUUGAUGUUAGUUCUUUGUUAUGACUGGAUGCCAGUAUGUACUUCACAAGACUCUUCAGAAGCUUCCCACCAUUGAUAGGGAAAAAGAAAGUCCUACAGUUCAUUAAUAAUGCUUUGGCAUUAUUAAAAUUUUGGUACUAAAAUUUUGGUACCAGUAUCUCUGUGCUUCUCAUUUUUCUCACCCAGAAAACUGAAUUAAUUUUAUUGGAAACCAUAUAAUUUUAUUUUAAUUAUCUAGUGCAAAUAUGAUUAUUACUCAGAAAAAAGAUAAAAUAAUAUACAGAGAGAAUAUAUAAAAGUACUGAUUUCACACAAUUUACUGGAUGCAGACCAGACAGAAGGGGAUGGGAGUGGAAGAGGCUAGAAAAGUAAAAUUAGAUGAAUCUGUUUACUUUUAUGAACAUCAUUCAUAUCAAGUAAAUGCAAGUAUAUUGGGAUACAAUCACCCAGUUUUCAAGGACUUAGUCUAUAAAUAGUGUGAGAUAUUCAAGCCCAUUGCUUUUCUUCCUGUCAACUCCCUGCCAUUUGAUUUGAUAGUUGCUACAUAGGCCAUAAGCCAAUUGGGUUCGAUCUAGCAAAUUCAGCUUAAAAUAUAAAAUAACAAUAAAUAUUUGUGGAGAACCAGGUUGAACCUAUUGGCUUAAUAAAAUUUCUACUCUAUUGGAGAAUUUCACCUCCUAGCAUCCUUGUUCUGUUUCUUAUGCAUAAACCACCCUCCCAACCUGGCAGUGGUAGUUUGGAGGCAUCCUGACCAAAGGAAUUUCUCCAUGUCCCACCAAAGCAUUGAGUACCCAUGGAAGGUGGCCCAAGGCCAGUCUUCUUCAAACAUAAUUUUCAAUUUUAUGAAUUUAUAAUAUCUAAAUAUGAAGAAUUUCAACCCGUUAUGUCUUUUAAAAAGUUCUGGAGGGAAAUGAACUUUCUAGUGAAAUUCUUCUUGGAAGGAAAAUAAACUUAGAACACUUUUAUAACAUAAGUUUGGCACAAUUUUACCUUUAAAAUUUUAUUGAUGCUUCUUGUUUCAAAGCCACUUAUUAUUUGGGUCUCAUUGGCAACUCUUAUGAAAUUAUAUAUAUAGGAUAUACGUAUAAAUAACCUGUUUUCUGAAUCCAACCAUUCUCUUCUCCCUGACCUCAGUCAUCCUGCUGAUCUAAACACAUUAGUUAUCAUUCAUUUUCCAUGAAGGGAAACUUUCAUCUCAAGAGAGUCUAAUAGAUGUUCACUCACAACGUGUAAAAUUCAUUUCUGUACAUACAGCAAUCUACCCACAAUGGGUUCUGACUAAAAAGAACUCAGACAUCCCUUCAGAACACAUUAAUGUCAGUUUCUCCGCAGCCUUGCCUGUUCAAGUUCUCUUUAUCAAUUUCAACUCCUGAGAUGAGCCUUCAGUCCACAAAUAGAGGAGAGUGGCAUGUACCUCAUGCAGAUGCAGAACUCAGGGGCUCGCUUACUAAGUAUGUAUGAGUUUACCUUUAGGAGAAAGGAAGAGGAGAGGCACAGGAACAAUGUGAGGGAAAUGUAUCACUCUUAAAUUGAAGGACUCUCUUUCACCAGUAUGCUUGGUUAGUAGGGUUUGUGUAAGGUGUAUGGAUGUAAGACUGUUCUGCACAGACCCAGCACCCUUACAGCUCUGCGCAGCUUGCUUUGCAUUUAGACUUGAGAAAUACUUUUGUGGUUUUGUGGCAGCUGGUGGGGAAGUUGUCUGAGUGACUGGUAUCCUAAAGGUGCUACUGUGUUCCUUACUUUCAGAAAUACUGUAAAUUGGAGAAAUGAGAGUUCUGUAUUUUGAAAAGGAUUUCUAAUUUCUUACCACUGUGGAUCAUACUUACAACUGUGACUGUCUCUCCUUUAGGAUGCAUCCAGCUUGAGAGAUAAAGAGAAGGCAUUUCACAUUAAUGGAAUUAGAGAAAAAUGCCUCUUCAGAGCCUAGAAAGUACAGUCUGUACAAAGUCUCAACACCAAUGACCAGAGGAGAGAUUCUCAGGUACUGGACAGAGAAGGAAAAUGUUACUAUAAUUUACUCUGGACCCAGCCAAUACUGACCCUAAUUUGCCCAAAAUAUGCCUUACAGUAACAUAUAAAGCUUAUAUCAUACACAUCUUAUAGAUUUUCCAUUUCCUGUGAUCACAUGUAUUUCAUGCCAGGUUUUUUUAUUGUUUAUGAAUGGAUGGAGACAGCAUUUUCAUUUUUUUAUGUGCCAAGCAGUCUUAUCCUUAAUUGUCUAUCAAUCAGUUAAGAACACAGUUUUUGUGGCUUCAAUUGGAAAAAUGCUUGUUCUCCAUGGCAAAGUAUUUUCAGGCUACAUAAGGGAAAUUGGAGCCUAUCUAAAAGUCAGUGACAUAGUACUUAUGAUGGGAUAUGAGUGUCCACAUAGAAUCUUCACACCAAGUCUUUUUUACCUAGCCAUAGCUUGCUGCAGUAAAAGUGUCUAGACAUAUUUUUGCUGCUCUGCAAAAUAUCACAGUCUGCAAGCAAAGGUGGGUAAUUGACAACUCCAUUUUGCAUUAACAAAUACUUGCCACAACUAGGAAGCAACACACUCUUUAUCUAAAGGGCUAGAAAACAAGACAAACAAAACCUCUUCUUCCUUGAUCAUUUUUUAUCUCAGCUGCCAGUAACUGAGAACUUUCUGUGAUUUAUUUGCAAACUUGAAGAAUUAUAACUGGUUUCUAACCAUUAAACUUAUCACUAUAUGAGAUCAAAAUUCUCAAGACACAAAGCACCUUGAAAUCUCUCCAUAAUCUUGCAACUGUCUGCUUUUUCUGAAAGUUUAUGAAUGAUACACAUAUGAAGUUUCAUCAUCAAUUUCUGUAAAAAAGAAAAGUUAGUGAAUGAUUUGGGAUAAACAUAGAUAUAAAUAUACAUUGAAAUGUUUAUGAUUAGUCUUGGGCUUCAGAACACUAUUGUUUUUAAAAUAUUCAGAAGGGGGUCUGGAAAUGAGGGGAAACAGACUGUAAAUACACUGUAAAUGUGAAAUUCACAAUUUUCUGUUGAGUCCCCUUCAAAUUGCCCAAAACUGAGGAAGUAUGCAAUCUGUACAUGUUUCUUUCUCUCAAAUUUGCCUGUAGGAAACCUUCAGGUUCAUAUGGUUUAGAAGUACCUCCAAAUUGUAUAAUAACAUCCAAAGAACCAACCAAAAAAGAACAAUUCAGGCUAAAUGACAAAUCCCUUCUUGUAAUUCCUUCUUGACUUACUUUUUACUUAAAAAUAAAUUUCUAUCAUUAUAAGGAGAAAACAUGUAUAUGUUGAGAUAACAGGAUAACAACUCAGACAUUCAUAUCUCUGGGAGAAUAAAAACUUGGCUUUUUAAAAAUGUCUGAUGGUUUUGAAGACUAGAGACUAGAGCAAUUCGAAUCCUCCUUUUAAAAUUUCUUCUGAUUACAACUCAGCAAUUCCAGGCUAUAAGCCUGGUCUAGUUCUAGUAAAGUCAAAAGACAGGCUGUUCCCUACUAUUUGUUUGUUUGUUUGUUUGUUUCAAAAUGUCCUUUAGUUAAAUGAUGCUUUGGUUUUUAAUGUUGGCAAUAAAAUACCUUAAGCCUCUUAUUACUCUGCUCACAUAAAAAAACAAAUUUUAGACUAGUUUAAAUCAGUGUUAAAAAUUAGUUGAACAGUCACUAACAAGUUUUCAAUGUUUUGAGCUAAUCAAGUAGGUUUUUCAGAUUGUAUAAUAUAGGAACAUGAGCUAGAAAAUUAGGAAGACCAAACACACAAACGUGCACACACACACACACACGUGCAUACACACAUACAUACUUCCAUACACACACAUGCAUACACACAAAGCAAACACUGCUUGAAUGCAACAUUCAGGUAAUUGAAAGAAAUGUAAAUUGUUGUACUUGAAUUAUUCAGAUAAUGGCCUACUUUCACCACUUUAUUUGUCGAAUUUGUAAUCACAACACAGUUUUCCCAGCCCAGUGGACCAGCUCCACAAAGUGAGGGUGAUAAUGGUUCCUGCAGGGAAGUAAGGUCCUCUAUGUCUGUUGAACAGUUUAAACUCAACAGAUUGGAAAGAAUAGUGAAGAUUGAUUGUCAGUAAUGAUAUCCCCCAGAGUGAGAAGGUAGCUGCUAUCUUUUCCUCUUUUCUAGUUAUUUGGAGUUUCUUCUUUGUUUUUCCCACGAAACAGUUAUUCACAAAAUAAUUAAAGUUCCCAAUUUCCAUUAAAAGGUAGAAGUCCCAACUCACAGUCAGACUGAUUUUCAGGAACAAAUGACAAGUUCUUUGAUUUGAUUAGAAUUUAUUAUAAUAGUUUUUUACUAUGCACUGUUCAUGUUUAUAAGAGGAGGGGUUUGGAGAGGUCAGUUUGUCAACUGAGUGAAAGCCCCCCAAUACAUAGAGCAACAGUUUAGUCACUUUGAUGGGGAGAUCAGACCACCCCAUCCUCUAUCUAGCCAUGACAGUCCCAGUCAACCCAUCCACCAUUUAGUUAACAUGCCCCAUUCAUUUAGUCUAUGCACUGGUUAGUGCAGGGUAGCCCUGGAACCUAUAGAAAAAGUUUUAAAAGAAAAGAAAAAAACUGCAUUCUGAAGUAACUUUCAAUGCAAUUGCAAAAUAAGUAAUGAUGAUAGAAAAUUCACAUAAUUUGCUGACUAAAUUUUUGAAUUCUGUGCCAUAUAGGAUAAGAUUUUAGAAGAAAUAAACUAUGCUGCAUCACUAUAACCAUCAUCAUCAUCACCAUCACAUCACCACCAUCACCACCAUCACCACCAUCACCAUCAUCAU